AUGACUCCAGGCUGCGCUAUUGCAGAGGCUGUUUUAGACAUCUCAUCUGGCUCUGAGAACCUCCACGGAGGAGGAUAUGACAGAUUUGGAGCAGAUGAGGUGCAGACUACUGAGGCCGGAGCUACACCCUCCAGCCCCAGUGGGAAUGUCUGGAAUAAAGCAGAGAUGUCACGCUCCCUUUCUCUCUCUCUCUCUCCCACCAUCACUGUGAAAUGAGUCCCAAGGAUGAUUACCUAAGCAUGUUCAGCUGGGCGCAAAUGCCAGCAUUCCCACCGAACAUUUCUUCUUGUUCUUACAUUAACGUGAUGUUGGAGACAUGAAGUUAAGACUGUUGCCUGCCAUUCACAAAUUCCUUUGUCUAAUGACGGUGGUCAUUUCAGCUACACCCAUUUGAUUUGAGGAAAUGACUAUCCUCCCCCAUAUUCCUGUCUUUGAACAAAUGGCUCAUUGGUACUCCAGUCCAGGCUCAACGUUGAGAUGUCUGGGACAAGGGCAGCAACAAGUUCACAGGAACCUGUUAGAAAUGUGCUGUCGCUUGGCCACACACAGUGAGAAGUCAAGCAGACGGCUUUACUGAUGGUGUGGGCUUCUGGUGUGGGCCAAUGAGGUGGAGGUGGUUUUACCAACCAAGCACCCUGUUUGGUUACAGUGAGUCUGUGGAUUAAGUUUGAAAUACCUCACGCCUGGUUGAGUACAGUGAGAACUACCGGCUUGACCAACGUCCUACUAAUAGUUUGAGUAAGAAGUCUACAUGGGUUGAUUCCCACGCAUGUGGUUGCUGCUCAGAUGACCACAGUUGCCUUGUUUCGGAUGCUUGCGGUUGCUCUAUUCGCUCCUCAGCUGUGCUUUUACUGUCCUACACUUGUUGUUUCUCUUUGUGACGGCUUCCCCUUUCAAUGGCCAGGCAGAGAAGGUCAGCAGCCACUCUGUUUUGGACUGCUUCUCGCUCUGGUAAGCCCCUACAGAGAAGGAGAUGCUGUGGCUUAGUGCAGAGGCUAUCAGGAAAUAAUAUAUUUACACUGUCUGUCUCUUUCAUAACAUUACUCAAAUAGUGUUGUCUGUUCAAGGCAUUUUUUUAUUACCAGAAAACACAACUCAGUUCUCAUAGAUUCGAUUAGCAAAAAAUGCAAUAGUAGUUUGAGUGAUGGAAGAAACUAUGGGUGGAACCACACCCUUAAGUUGUGACCCCCCCAUCCUCCCAUCCAUUGUUUAGCCCACAGUAGGGUAAACCUGCAGAGCUGGAUGUAUUAUGUGGAAAGGCUGUGUCAUCAUUAUGGUGACCAGCCCCAUUGAUGCUGUUCUCGAUCACCGCUUACUCAUAGAGGCUGCAGGAAAUUCAGACUGAUCUAAGCCAUAUCAAAGCAUCUGUUGGGUGACUUGUCUCACAGUACAAAUCCUCCCUGUUUGGCAGCAUUUGACAGAUAUUCCUCCAACCCAGCACAAACUGAGACAUACAUAUCCCUAAAAUGAUGCAAUUACUUCAUCAAGGCCUAUACAAAGGGUUAACAAUGAUAUCUGCCAAUCCCUCUCUGGGGCUGCCAGAUUGUGACUAACUCACAGAGCCAUGUAAUGACAUCAGCUUAUUUUGUUAUUGGCUGAACUGCUGCUUUGUUAUUAAAGGUCAAAAAGUGGCGAAAGAGCUUCUGGAAAGCAAAUAAAUGUCUUUGAGGGUGGCUGAAGUCUGGAAUAUGUAACUCGCUCAAAGGUCUCGUAGUACAACAGCAAACUCUGAAGGUCAUUUCUCAUUUCAACCAAUUUCUUUCCAUGCCUUAAUAGUCAAGUUCCAUUUUGAUCCUCUGAUUUGUAUUUCAUUGUCAUACAUGCAGUUUUAUGACUACUAACAGAUACAGAAUAGUACAAACGGAUGAAGAAUCCUUUCCAUAAAUCAUGGAUAAUCAGAAUGUGUGGGCCACAGACUAUGGUCUGGAUGUGCCCCAUAGAGGUCUGUUAGCAUGCCUCCAUUGUGUGGGAUUCAAUGCUUGUGUUUCCAGGCGUUGGCCUCGAACUGGGACGUGACUGAAAGGGAUCCUUAUCUCAUGUUUGACGCCCCACAAUGCCAUUUUAAGAAUCUGGAUAAGGCACAAUCCUUAAGAGCUCGCCUCUUCAUAGGGGUGGAGGGUUUGAGACGGAAGAAAACUCUUUAAUCAAAUUGUCCAUUUAUUUCCAUACCUCCUGUCAUGCCCCCUACAUUUAACAUGUGAACCUUGCCACAGUAUCUCUCUCUAUCUGACCUGUGAUUUAUUUAGGCUAUGUGUUUAAUAGGUGUCCAUGUCAUAGUUGAGUCUGGAAUGUGAGUUGGUAGCUUUAAGGAGGUUUAAAUGGGAAAGGCCCAGUCUUCCCCAAAGCCAACUGCCAAAAGGAUGAGGCCUGGAGCACUCUAUUUAGUCUGCACACUCUAAUCUCCUUUCCUGACGGGCUGGGUUCGUUUACAUUUGGCAUUUUCUCUGAAAGUGAUCGGGGUCCUUGAGCGGCUGUGCGAGCAUUUCCUUGGUAAACACGUCCGUAGUAGUGUAAAGGUUGCUAUACCUCAUGAAACCAUGAACAAAUAUCACUAUCCCCAUCUUAUCUUGAAGUGAACUCAGCUAUUUACGACACAUUUUAGACGCACCUACGUAGAGUAUCACGCUAAGGAUGACUUAAUUUCCUGUUGUUGAGUUUCCUGGUUUCUACAUUGUUAGAGCUGUGUUGGUGUUACACCGAUAGAUUACUAUCAUUCCUAAUGAUUCAUCUCAAGACAAUCUCCUUCCUGGAUGGAUGUAGACUAAAAGAUGGACAUGCUUCCCGUUCUUAAGUUUUGUUUUUGCGUCUUUUGGUUUUGUAAACCAGCUUCAAACAGCUGAAAAUACAAUUUUUGGUUAUGGAAAAUAUAUUUCACAGCGGUUUAGAUUUUACAAUGACUGCUUGAUUUGUCACAUAAACUGAAAUUACGUGAACUAUUCGAAUUUUAGCAACCAGGAAACGGCAGAGUGAUUUCUGCAUAGUGCAUCUAAGUACCUUACUGUGAUUGUUUCCAAUUUAAAAUAGGGAAAUAUAGCUAGGACUGUCUGGGAGUGGUCUGAGUGGGGAGGGGAAAACUGAAAACUAGCUGUUAUUGGCAGAGAGGUUUGGAACUGGCUUUCUUAUUGGUCUAACUAAUUUACCGCCUGGUGAUGUCACCGGGCAGGCCAAAACUCCAUCCCACCAAAAACAGCUCUUACAGUUAAAGGGCAUUAUCAUUUUCACAAAUUCACACUAUUAUUCCAACCUCAUAAUGUGGAAAUCUAUAUAAAACACAAGAUCACGUUUCUGACUGCACUGGGUCUUUUAACAUUUGCUUGGGUCUUUUUUUUUUGUAGGUUGGUUUCAUCGAUCUAUCACUAACAGUGGUUAAAGUGUACUUUUUUAAAAUAUUUUAUUUUUAUUUUUUCCACCACAGUUCAGUCGUGAGAGGUUCCUGUCUGUUCUUGUCUCCUCUGACGGCUUGGCCCUCUCUUGCCUCACUGCUCUCUUUCUGUAUUCUUGCCCAAAACACGCCAUGACCCAAACCAGCCACACCUCCAGAAGUUUGCUCUCGAUGACAUUCCUGACAUCUCUAUCAUGCUAAUUGAGAUGACAGUCAUUCCUUUCGACGGCUCUCCUGGCUCUCCUCACCAACCCUCCCUCUCUCUCCCUUUCCCCCCUCACUUUCUCAUCCCUUCCCUCCUUGCCCUCCCCUUCCCUGGUUGAAGGGGGUCUACUGGAGCGCAGAUCAAAGGAGCGGUGGACAUCUGGGAGAUUCCCUUACAGGUCACUGCCACAGUCCCAGCCUCUCAUUAAACACUCUUAUCCUCUCACUGAGCAGGGAGGGAGGGAGGGGGGAGGCUAGGGCGGGCGGACAUAUUUCCUGUGUCCGCUGAGCUGCCUGUGGCCUUCACACUUACCCUGCCAUGCCCCGUGCUGCUGCUGAAUGGAUGGAUGCUACUAGGCCUGUUCACCUCACUGUGACCGCUGCCUGGUGUCUCUUUACUGUCAUCCUUUUAAGGUAGCUGAGAGAUUCUCCUAGGACUGCCUGCUUGGCCUUACUAAAUCCUAGGCCACUAACUACAAUUACAGCAUGUACGUCAAAUGUGCGUGUGUGUCUCCGUGGUCAGAUAAAGUUGUUUAAUUUGGUCUGUGUAUUGAACAUAGGAGCUGCAGGUGUUUACGACUCCACUAUUGACACAACAUAUAGGCUAAUUGGCAGUUGACAUUAAGCAAUAAUGCGCUACUAUUGACACACAACAGUCCACAUUUGCACAACAGUGUGUCCUCACUGUCCUGAGUGUUGACAUGCUGGUCUGUAGGCUGAAUGUGGCCCUAUCCUGCUGUACUGCUGUAGUUGUACCUCUCCUCCCAGCCUGGCUCAUUCCUCGGGUCUUGGCUUGUAACAGCAUCUGGCCCUAGUCAGGUCACUGAAAGGGUUAACAGCGCAGUAGAGCCCCCUUGCUCAGUGAAACCCAACCUGGCCUCUCACAAAGACAGGAAGCCACAUAAAUAAAUCAACAAAUAAACACUGCCUCCCUCUGCUGGAAGUUCCUACGGUGCGUACAAAGUCCAAAAUACACCCCCGGUAUUUACUCUAUCUGUUCUAGCCCCCUGUGGCAGGAGACUUCAAAAGAAAGGCCAGUAACAACAGACUGCAGCACGAACACUUCUAGGUCGCUACUUCUCUUUAGGCAGUGCUUCCUAUAGUUGAGUCAACCUGACCUGAGGACAACUCUCAAAGUGUGCACUUGUUCACUUCCCUUCAUGGAUUUGAAAGAAAAUGCCUGUUUUAUAAGAAAUUGCGGGAAACUCCCACCAGCCCAUGCCUCUCAAUCCAACGCUUUUAUGUUUAUGGGGUGUAGUGAACUAGUGCACACCUCAGGAGGAAGGAGAGAUUUAUUGGGACACAAUAUGAGACUCUUCCCUGCUAGAGGUGUAGCCUACAGCCAUCACAUAACAUGAGGUGUAGAUCAUGUGUGGGUCACUUUCAUGUUGGAGGGCUUUGACACUGGUGUUACAUUGUACCUUCAUGCAUCAUAUUCACACCUCAACCAAAUCACAUUCCCACUUUUCCUCCUCUCCUCAUCUCUGUUUUUCUGGGCGACCAUAAGAGAGCCCACUAGAGAUGUGUCAGGAUAAAUUAGAGUUUAUCAGACUAUGUUUAUCAGCUUCUGUUUACAGCAGUUUGCCCUAAUGGUCACUUCUACUGACAAACUGAAACAACACUUUCUCACUGGAUAAGAAUCUGUACUCGAAUUAGUUCCUCUUUUAGUGAUGGCUUGUCAGCACACGAAGAUAGGGAGGUUGUGUGUGUGUGUGUGUGUGUGUGUGUGUUAAUGAUCACCUGUCCAGACCUGACGGGGUAAUGAGACCUCUGCACCAGGGCACGCUCUUUAAAGGCUUCUGUAAUAGAUGGGCCGAGCCAGGGAGGGAGCCAGUCGCAGGGAACAGCCCAGGGCUUCUGUAAUAUAGGGGCCAGAUCAGGGAGGGAGCCAGUCAUAGGGAACAGCCCAGGGAUCUACUACUCAACCAUUUUAACUAAUCUCUACCAGAAAGUCUGUGGGAAAAUGGUUGAGGAUAAGUGCUCACUACUUAUGGUAGCUAGCUAGAUUAUGGCCAUGCAUAAAUGUGGACUGGAGACCGGCAUUAUGUAGGUAGAAUCAUGGUCGGUAAAAGGCCUACAGCAAUAAGAACAUGCUGGCCGUCAAAAAAUCAAAUUCCCUUAAGGUUGUUUUUUGUGUUGCUGUAUUACAUUUAUGGAAUUGAUCAGUGAGUAAAAAAAUGGAAGACCAUGGUGGAGUGGUGCGUCACUGUCUGGUAGAGCUGACCUUGAGAGAGUGCUGAUAUUGUACAAACAGCUGUUUAUGCAUUCAGCUGGAGAGUGGCUGUCGCUCUCUGUCUCCAUCUCUCACUUUCUCUCUGCCUCUCUCUCUUUCUGCCUCUCUCUUUGUUGCAGAGGCUGAACACUGGGGAAAACUAACCCUGGUAGCACUUUUGCAUUUUAUUGCAACCUCAUCUCACCCCACUAACCCCCACCAGUGCUCUCUGGAUGUGCUGAUGUUCUGCAUGGUUCUCUAGCUACACUACAUGACCAAAAGUAUGUGGACACCUGCUCGUCGAACAUCUCAUUCCAAAACCAUGGGCAUUAAUAUGGAGUUAGUCCCUCCCUUUGCUGCUAUAACAGCCUCCACUCUUCAGGGAAGGCUUUCCACUAAUGUUGGAACAUUGCUGCGGGAACUUGCUUCCAUUCAGCCACGAGAAUUAGCGAGGUUGGGCGAUUAGGCCUGUCAUUUCAAUUCAUCCCAAAGGUGUUUGAUGGGGUUGAGGUCAGGGCUCUGUGCAGGCCAGAAGUUCUUCCACAACGAUCUCUACAAACCAUUUCUGUAUGGACCUCGCUUUGUGCACAGGGGCAUUGUGAUGCUGAAACAGGAAAGGGCCUUCCUCAAACUGUUGCCACAAAGUUGGGAGCACAGAAUCGUCUAGAAUGUCAUUGUAUGCUGUAGCGUUAAGAUUUCCGUUCACUGGAAAUAAGGGGCCUAGCCCGAACCAUGAAACAGCCCCUGACCAUUAUUCCUCCUCCACCAAACUUUACAGUUGCACUAUGCAUUGGGGCAGAUAGCGUUCUCCUGGCAUCAGCCAAACCCAGAUUCAUCUGUCGGACUGCCAGAUGGUGAAGCGUGAUUCAUCACUCCAGAGAACGCGUUUCCACUGCUCCAGGGUCCAAUGGUGGCGAGCUUUACACCACUCCAGCCGACGCUUGGCGUUGCGCAUCGUGAUCUCGGCCAUGGAAACCCAUUUCAUGAAAACGCUAUUAAGUCCUAGCAGUCAACUAGAGAAAUAGUUUGGCGUGUGGUGCUGGUGGGCAGGCACAAUGAGCUACCUGUUCCAACGUUUUUGAACAGAGUGGCUAUUAUGCGACUACUGCGUGAGACAAUGGGCACCUCACAGACCUCUAGUGCCUUGGCCAGCAGGCAGACCUAGCUAAUUGAGCCGUAGCCUAAGAAUAGGUGGCCUUGUGUCAGCCAAGGCGUUGAUGACUGACUCCCAGACCUGCCUGCCUGCUACCUUCCACCCCCUCGCUGUACUCACUCAGAGGGGGACGACACACACCUCUGCUGUCGCCUCUGACGAAAUCCUCACAGGAGUUCCAUAAUGAUGAUGAUGACAACUUCAUAAUCAGUAGCAUGGGAGCUUCCUCUCUGUUCACUGGUUUCCUUACCUCUGUGACAGUUGAGAACACACACAGUAUCAUCCCCCCCCCGGCCUGGUCCAUGUCCCUGACUGGGCCUGUCAGCCGUUGUCCAUUAGGCCAUAUUAGUUUCUGUCAUACACACACGGUCGGUGCGUAGCUGCUAGCAGACGUGCCACUGAUUACCCGCUACGCUCCCAGAGCUAAGCUGGCCCUGCUGCAUGUUGAUGCCUGCCUUGUUUUCUGACUGGGAGACAGCGUGUUACUGACUGUGUGAGUGUUGAGCCUAUCUCAUUAUUUCUAGUGUGCAGCCGCCAGCCACACUUUAAAUGUUUAGUGUGUCACAAAAGCAAAUGUUUGAUUAGGGAGCUGCGUGCGUUGUCAGGGAAGGUGUCUGUCAGAAGGAAGAAAUGGGUGUGUAGGUCGGCUAUGUAGGUUGUCUGUUCUUGCGACUCCCUUACACCAUGCUCUGGGAGUGCUGGUCGUGGAUCGGUUGCUGCGCAAAACAUUGUUUGUCCCCUUGUCUAAACCUGGGCUAUCCAGCUACUCACAUUACCCUUAGUUAACCCUUAAGGCUCGCCCUGACCCAAGACCAAGUGACCGUGCUGUUGUCAGGGAGUGGUCAGUCAACAGAAGGGUAGAACUCUCGAGUUUUGGGUGUCCAGGCAGUUGAGCAUGUUUCCUAUGGGGCUGGCUAUUACCAGCUUGUAUGUACCUUACCCGACCCCUCGAAGUACUUGGAAGAACACAUGGGCUUUUAUUUCCAACAACAAACUGGCAUGGCCCGCUUUGCCCGUUGGUGUCAGUUUUGAGACUGAGGAAGAUUUAAUCCACUGUCUGUUCAAUCCUUCCUGAUAAGACCCUGUGUCCUUACAACAGAAUGUUAGGGUAGACGCCACCCCUCUAAACCAUACCUGCCAAAAGCAAGAAUUUCUACAUGAUUUUAACGUUUAAAUAUAAAAUCAUUUUAUUGUCUCCAUGCCCAAUCCCUACGUUAAAAAUAAAUGUCCUUGUACACAGCUUAGGAAUGCUAGCUUAUUCCAAAGUAGUAAAACCAAAGUUGAACAGCAAGAAGAAUAGUACAAGAUUUUAAGGGGUAUGUCAUAGUAUGGGUUGCGGGGAGCGAGCAACCAGGCACAUUUGUAAGUGUAGUUGUUGGUAAUUCAUUGUGAGUUUAAUGUAUUCAUAGCGCAGCCACCUUACUGUUCAGGCCGUAAAAAGGAGUAUGGGGCUGGUGCAGGGGAGUUGAAGGAGUAGUCCGUGUAGCCCAUGAGUUGUGCUGUUUUGCGUCCUCUUGGAUGGCUGGGGGCUGCAGGAGACUGGUUGAUGCCAUAUGUCAGCUAUUUCCUUAGUGGACCUGAGUGACGACUCCAGCCAGUACCUGUCCUGUGUCAACGCACACGAUACGAUGAUGCUCUAGAGAGGACAUAGAGCGGGGAUACGCUGACACUGGAAUAGCUUUGGGAAAAGCAGGUUAUUUGAACGAAAGGCAGUCUCCGUGUGUCACAGUCUGAGUAUGUUGUAUAGAGGUCAUCCUGUGUUAUCUUGCUAGGGAGCUUUGCCCCAGUGAUGUUCUAGUGUAUACUGCACUACCCUCUGUAUGCCUUGGGAUCAUGCACAGAGUUGUACCAUACCAGGCGGUUGAUGCAACACAGUCGGAUGCUCUCGAUGGUGCAGCUGUAGCUUUUUUGAGGAUCUGAGGAGCCCAUGCCAUCUUUUUAGUCUCCUGAGGGGGAAUAGGCUUUGUGUCAUAUAGGCUAUUGGUGUCUAGCUAGAGUAAUUAGACAGAGUAAACCAGGUCACAUUCUAUGUUCAAGUUAGUUUAUGUUGUGUUGGUAAUUAUCAACUGUGUUGAUUUUAGCCAUUUUGUUUGCAUGUUAAUGGUACUGUGCUGUGCCACAUCCCUGCUCUGUUACGGAGGCCAGUAGCUAGCUACACCGUGUGGGAGCAUGGUUUGCAGGGGAUGUUUGUUUGUGUGUCAGCCCUCCUCCCCUGUCCCUGUGAGUCCCGGUCUCGCUCAGGCAAGGGUGUGAUGGGCUGGAAGGCAGGGAGGGGGCUGAAGGGACUCAUUAUAUACAUGCUGCUAAAUGGGCCCUUUGUGUGGCAGCCCGGCAGAAUGGGGAGAGAGGCAGGUCCAGGCCCCACACCCUGUCAUAAUGUUGUCAUACUGCAACACAUAUCGUAACACCCUGCCGGGCCAUGCCUAUCCUAGGGGGAGGGAGGGGAGGCGGGGAGGGAUGAUCGACUGAUUCAAACUUGGGGUUGGGAAACAAGGCUUUUGGGGAGAAGGAGGUGAUAGGGGAGGUGGUUAACAGAAGUUAAAAGGGGGGGGCGAGUGGGGGAGGUCAAAGAUGUGUGUUCAAACGGUAGCUCAGAGAGGUUGAAUGGCGCCAUGUUGGGUCUCGUUGACUCUGGACAAGAAGAGCAAGGGUUAGUGUCCUCCAUCUCUACUGUUUGACCCACUCAGGAAUUGGUGUGUUUUACUGUUGGUGUGUAUUACAGAAGCUAUGUUCCAGUCUACUACACACACGGAGCCAAGAACCACAAGUGCUGCUCUUAUGAUACAAUUUCUGACUGCUAAAGAAUAGCCCAGUCAGAAAGGAACACCAUUUAGCUCACAUUUCAGAUGCUUGCCUAGUUGCCUUCUCUGUGAGUUUGGGGAGAACAUUUUUAACCCUCCACUAAUGAAUAGUGUGUGCCACAAGUUUUCAAAAUAAGUAGAUUCAAAACACGUGUUUUCCAAUGACUGUUUCUCACUAGAAAGAAAGUGCCUCGUGACAUAAUGUAGCGGGGAUAAAACACACAUCUUUUUUUAUCUUGGGUGCUGGUGUAGUUUUUAAUAAUGUGUACAUUUAGCCUGGUCCCAGAUCUGUUUGCUCUCAAGUCAACUCCUUGUCAUGAGUCCUUUUAAAGAAUGUGUCACUGAACACAGAAACAUAUUUGUCAUGACAGUUAGUUAGUUAACAUGAUGGGACAAACAGAUAGGCCUAUGUGACCAGGAUAACGUAUACUACAGUAUAUCAACCUUACAACUCACUAUCCCCUGAAGUACUCCGGUAAAUACUUACUGGAGUAGGAGUGCGGAAAUGGGAUCAGUUUUACCUUUUUAAAUCAUAAUGAAUGCGAUUAUAUGGACAGGGGACCUGAUCCUACAUCAGCACUUCUACUCAGAAUUACAUCAACCAAUCACGGUGCACUUCCUGCCACGUGUAGCCUACUGUCUGAGGAACUGCAGCCCCCCUGUUCCUGUUUCUGUUUGUUUGUUCCUUUGUCUAUUUUUUAUUAUUUUACUAGGUAAGUUGACUGAGAAUACAUUCUCAUUUACAGCAGUGACCUGGGGAAUAGAUAGUGGAGAGGAGCAGGGAUGAAUGAGCCAAUUUAUUUUUAGACCAGAGGAAAGAGUGCCUCCUACUGGCCCUCCAACACAACUCUGUGAGGUCACACCACUCUGUGACCUCGCUUCCGCCCUCUCUGACCUCACUUCCUGUCUGUCUCUCCAGACGUUCACGGCCUGGUGCAACUCCCACCUGAGGAAAGCAGGCACGCAGAUCGAAAACAUCGAGGUGGACUUUAGGGAUGGCCUCAAACUCAUGCUCCUGCUGGAGGUCAUCUCAGGUGAGCCAGCCCAUUGACUUGAUCAUCAUGACACAUACAGAGAGCUACUACCACAGCUAAGCGCUAAUCUACUUUACUGCACUCUACUGUAGCAGGUUGCAGAGCUGCAACUUACUGUGACGGUGAACUGAUUGAAUUGUGCACUAACCAGAGGCUGGGUCCCAAAUGGCACCAUAUCCCCUAUAAAAUGCACUACCUUUGACCAGGGCUUUGGUCAAAAGUAGUGCACUAUGUAGGGAAUAGAGUACCAUUUGGGUACACCCGAAUGCGGUGCCAGAGAAGGACUCUCUUUAAAGUAUUAGUGUCUCCUGUUCUUUUGAUACCUUUUGAACUAAGUAGUCUGGUCAUAGGCCAUGGUUUUGGCCCUGUAGAAGAUGUUGUCUGUUUUGACUGGCCUUGUGUUGUGAAGGUUGAUACUGUGACUUUAAAAGGAGCUGUGCCUGUCUUCUGCUGAGCCAGUGGAAAGAGCUGUUUUUGUCAUGGGACUCUCUGGGCUCACUGCAUUUUGUUUGCCUGUAUGUUUCUCUCUGUGUGUGUGUGUGUGUGUGUGUGUGUGUUCAUCCACAGGGGAACGGUUACCUAAGCCCGAGAGAGGCAAGAUGAGGGUCCACAAGAUCAACAACGUCAACAAAGCGCUGGACUACAUCGCCGGCAAGGGGGUCAAGCUGGUGUCCAUUGGCGCAGAGGGUCAGUUUACCUACCACAAGCACUCUGCACCAACACACACACACAGACAGAGAGCACUGACAAACAACUCCAAAGCUCACAGCAUCCUGCCAAGUACAUCUCCCACUUGGGAGCAAAGGCAUUUGGCUGGAGAGGGAGGGAGGGCGCUCUGGGGGAGGGGGCAAGAGGCCCUUCACAAGGCCAGUAAAUCAGGAGGAGAAACGACCUUGUAGUCCGACUCUGACGGUGACAAUGACCUUCCUGCUCCAGCUGUCAUGGCAAAUGGCCCCACCAGCCUCCACCCCUCAUUCCUACUGCAUGAUACACACAGCCCAGUUGUCAAACAGAUCUGGGACCAGGCUAAUGCAUAACUGAGUUGAUAUUUUAUUGUAUUUAUGAGUGAUUUUCUCUCUUAGAAAUUGUGGAUGGCAACGCCAAGAUGACCCUGGGAAUGAUCUGGACAAUCAUCCUCCGCUUCGCCAUCCAGGACAUCUCUGUGGAAGGUCAGUCUCUCUCCUUUCAUCGCUCUCUCGCUCUCUCUCUCUCUCUCUCUCUCUCUCUCCCCCCCCUCCCCCCAAUAGGCAGCUACUAA